AUGUCUCUGUUCCACUCAUUUCUCAUGUUUGCGGGCGUUCUAUUUCACACCACAUACGGUUUUGUUGAUUUCGGAUCCUUGACCCUCCCUGUUGAACCCAUUUACCAACCUACUCCAAGACCCAACCAGUUGCAGGGUGGCUUUGAUCUCCGCUAUGAGGUUCUUCCUUCGAUGAUCACGGCUGUUGCACCUUCAGUCACGAUCGCGGCCAAUGGAACCCGCCAGACGAUGUACAGCGUCCAUUAUCAUCACUACUUUAGCAAGACACGGCAGGGCAGAGGAGUCUUCGACAAGCGUGGAGUGUUUGCAAGCGACCCGCCCAUUGCAACAUGCACUCCAUGUGAAGGGCCGGGUGUUUCUUCUACCUUUUCUAUCACAUCCACGUCUACUCUGACAUGCACGACCAUUACAUAUCAUGGCGUCUUCGACUUUCCCCCAACUACGACAGGUGCGUCCUGUUACGACACGAACUACAGUGGCGUCUUCCAAUCAAGUACCUCGUCAACCACUGGCCUGCCUUGUUGUUUCACGAUACCCGCGUCGUGUCUAUUGAAUAGCACCACCAGCACCUCGUUCAUGGCAUCGACCGGAGUCUUUAGACCGACAACCACAUCUACGACAACAGCGUUCAGCUCCUCAGCAGCAAGUUCUAGGUCUUCCCUGACCAUCCCAACCAGCACCAGUGGAACCUCCUCUCAAUCUCAAGGCCCCAUACUCAACAGUGGCAGCUCCUCGACAUCUACAAGCACCACAGUCACCGUCGUCGUCACAGCUACGUCCACCUCGACUCCAAAGUUGACAACUACCACAAGCAAGUCAAGCUCUUUCAUGGUUUCUGGUCAGCCUUAUACAUCUCCUUCAACCUCAAGGCCCUCGACUAGCAACACCAGCUUGUCAAUCAUCGUCAUUUCAAGCACGACGAUUACAAUCACAAAUUCUGCGACCGCCAUUUCAACAGCUGGAAGUGGAACAUCAUCUUCCUUGUCUACGUUGACGGUCAUCACUGGCUCUGCGUCCAGCACGAUGUCGACUUCGGCCUCGGCCUCGCUCAUCACAACAACAGUGCCAGAUACCAUCAUAGGAUGUGGGCAAGCUUCCGGUAGUGGUAUCAUCAUUGGCACAGGCACGGUAUACCUGGAAGGAACACCGAUAGUCACCUCAGGAACUGCAAGUGGCUUCGCAAACAAUGUCUCUGGCUGCGGAACGAUCAUUGCUACGUCCGGAACGUUCACUGGAUCCGCUACAAUCACGGGCUGUGGUUCGGGCUCGGGCACUGGGACUUUAACCGGCACAGGAACCGUCUGGCCGGCAUAUAUGGGAGGACUGAUCUCGCUGGUCACCUCGGGCACGGUCUCCGGCAGUGGCAACUUCAGCGGCUGCGGCACCUUGACCGGUUCCGGCACAUUCGUCGCUACGACAGGUUCACCCAUCUUGGUCUCGCCCUCGACGACUCCGACUCCGAGUUCUAGACCGAUCAAGACCGUCAGCGUGUAUCUCUCCUACUGCCCAGAGCCCAUGGGCGCGAAUGACAUACUCCGGCUUGCCGGCGGCUCCAACAUGACGUCCCCCCCAACAUCCUCCAACACUACCUUGCCCUACUACUCCUCGCCGUCGUCCUCCUCCUCGAAUACAACCCUACUUGCGAAUAACUCCACCGGGACCAACCCGCUGUGCCAGACGUGCCCCAACACGGUCGGAGUCUGCUGUCCGCCGACGGUGCGCUGCCAGGCCGAUGACGGCAAAUGCCCACUCUACGCGCUGGAGAACUCGGGAAACACCAUCAAUGGGUACCUGAUUGCGCAGGUCAUGAACAGCUCGGCGCCCGUGGCGGGACGGAAGAAGGUCCGGGCGCUGGAGAAGAAGCAGCUGCACAACAUGGGGUCUGCUGGGGGAGGUCAAGACAAUAAAGCCACGGCCAAGGGGUUCGGAGGCAAGGAUUUGCUAGACCUGGAGGCUGGGGUGGAGAGGCAGUUGCAGAGACACAGGGAGAAAAAGAGGGCGCAUAAGAAGCAGUUUUAG